CUGAUUCUAAGCCCUGGUACAGUCGAUUUCACGAGUUGAAUUUGCUUGGAAACCUCCAUUUUUCCUUCUUAUAUAGGCUCUUAGAUCUAAUCAAGCUAUCGUUCGAUGUUGCCCUCAAGUCAACAGUCUCCGCACAAAGGUUUAAUACACGUUUUCAUUUCUAUUCAGGGUGGAGAAUUAUAUUUACCAAAAAUUAUUUUAAAAGAGCUCUUAACAGGAACUUUGUGGAAACCCUGUGUAUAUUUUCCUAAAAUGUAGGAAGCAGUUUUGACCAUGUUGGCUUCAAGAAAUAUCUAAAUGAAGCUUUGGGAAUAGAGAAACAAUGAUUAUGAAUUCACUCUCUAUGAAAAUUAAUAUCUUACCUGAAAUGGCUGAACUAUUUUCACACAUUUAAUCUUUCAAGAAUAUAACCAGUCGGGACAGCCUACCAAAUGAUUUGCAAGAAUAAAUCAAAGACCAAGUUUAAAAACUCCAAAGAGAAAAGACCAAGAAGCAACUAAGGAUAUGGAAAAGAAUGCUCCUAAAGGUGAAAUUUAUUCUCUGAGGAAAGAAAUAGAUGGUUUAAAACCAAGGAAGAUGAGAAUAAUAGAAAUGCUGACAUAUUUCACAAUUAUACACAGAAGGAAUCAUAGAAGAAAAAUGUGCAGUUCCACUGGAAAACACCCGGCUUUCCUAAUAGUAGGUAAGGAAACUUUAUGAGUUUUUUGUUGUUGAAAAUUUGAUAUUUUUUCAGAACAUUAAAUUAUUUGCUUAAAUUCUUCAAAGAAUCCAUGAGAACUGUGAGACUUUGAUGGGUUUACAGGUGAUUUAUACCGAAGAUAGCAACAAAUAUGUAUCGGGGAUAUAUAUCGGUCCAAAGAAGUGGCUAAUGCUUUCCAAGCUUAAAGUCUGAUUCCUAGAGCCUCAUUUUAUCUUCCC